GUCGCGAUCGAAGUGCGCCGCAGCCACCGCGCAAAAUCGUUCUGCAACCCUAGGAACGGUCCUUCUUACGUAAAGGGUAGUUGACGGUAAAGCGAUAGGACGAUGGCUGACAAAAAAGUGAACGAAUAUUAUACGCGGCCACCGGUUUUGACCAAAUGGGAGGGAUUCAAGCAGUUCCUUUGGAAUCCUGAAACUAACCAAUUCCUCGGAAGGACAGGGGCCAGUUGGGGGAAAAUUUUAUUAUUCUAUCUACUAUUCUAUGCAUGUUUAAUAGGAUUUUUUGCUGCUAUGUUAGCAGUAUUCUAUCAAACUUUAGAUAUGAAGAGACCCAAAUGGGAAUUAGAGAAUGGAUUAAUUGGUAAUAAUCCAGGUCUAGGUUUUAGACCCAUGCCUCCAGAGUCCAAUGUAGAAAGUACGUUAAUUUGGUACAAAAGUAGUGAUAAAGGCAACGUUCGCUAUUGGCAAGAGCAACUAGCCACAUUUUUAAAACUUUACCACAAAGAAAACAACCCGCAUUAUAACAACGUCGAGCAAUGCAGCAUGUUCGUCAGCCCCACGCCCGGCAAAGUUUGCGACGUCAAGAUGCUGCCCCAAAAAUGGAACCCUUGCUUGGAAGAAGCCGGCUUCGGCUUCGAGGACGAGAAAGGAGGCCCUUGCAUUUUCUUGAAGCUCAACAAGAUCUACAACUGGCACCCCGAAUAUUACAACUCCUCCAAUCUGCCCGAUUCGAGCGAAAUGAGCGAGUACUUGCGGAAAGACAUCCUGGAAGCGGAGUCCAGAAACGAGCACCAAAUCGUGUGGGUAACGUGCGAGGGCGAGAACCCGGCUGACAAGGAAAACAUCGGUCCUUUGAGAUACAUUCCGCAACGAGGAUUCUCCUCCCAGUACUUCCCGUUCAAAAACCAGGAUGGAUAUCUCUCGCCCCUCGUGGCCGUGCAUUUCGAGCAACCCAAACGCGGUAUUCUGAUCAACAUUGAAUGCAAGGCCUGGGCGAAGAACAUUUUCCACGACCGCGUGGACAGACGAGGGUCCGUCCACUUCGAGUUAAUGGUGGAUUAAGCUCGCCGACGCCCCGCAGGCCAGCCGAGGGCUCCGAUUACUGCCAUCAAGUAAAAAUCGCAGCGGUCGUAAUUCUAGAAUUCAAAUUUCAGUAAAAAAAAAUAACAGAAAAAAUAAGGCGACGGUCUAGAUAGUUUAGUUUACCUGAUAUUAGUUCACGGAAAAAAUCUUAGGAAUUUUAAAACUCUGCCAUCACCGUUAGUUACGUAACAGGAUCGAUUCAGGAUCUUAUAGUCCUCGACGAAUGGGGUUUACGGGUCCGCCGUAAAUCUCGGUCGGCGCGAAAAAUGUGGUAAAUUAUUUUUGUUACGUAAAACGUUGCUCGAUUUGAAAUACUGAAAAGGAAACGUUAAACUGGUGUUUAGUCUUAACUGUGCAUUAUUAGCAGAAAACUUAGUACGUAAAUAACCUUUUAAUGGAACUAAAGUAAUAGGGAAUUAUUAAUCAUUCGAUGGUUUAACGGGUUUGCGGGUCAGUAUUUCGAAGGAAAUGAUUUAUUUGCCGGGGCUAUAAUUUUUUCGAAUCGUGAAACUGUAACCCUUUAGGUCGCUUUGGCCACCCGUCACUGACUUCCACAGGUGUACCCAGGGUAAACGGCAUCGGGAGUCGAAUACUUCACUAAUUUGCAAAUACAUCUAACGAAACGACAGCCAUUCUUAUCAUUACCUAUAGUUUCUUUUGACGCAUUACAAUAAAUUAGUAAACGUUCUGUUCGAAUGAACAAUUGGGAAACUCUCGUCACAUUCGUGGCUGAUGUUAAUUCAAAAAAAAAUCUCAAAAGCUCAUAUGAAAAAUUAACAUUUACUGAUAGUAUAAACGCGUGUUUUAUUAGAGUUACUGGUUAAAAAUCGUUAGGGCAACAAGCGGAAAUUAAAGAGAGUUUCAGCAGGUUUUCUGUUUACAAUUGUUGAUUGUACGAGGUAUUCGAGUUUGUUAAUAACAAAAAGCUAAAGACAUACCGUCUUUUUGUUGUGAUAGAGACGAAUGUGUUAAUAUGAUUUUAAUGUAAAUAAUGUUUCGUUGUGAUUUUAUAGCAUAACAUAACGUAUUCUUUUAUAGUAAAAGUAAGCAGUAUUCGUUUGCAUUGGAUAAUUAAGGUUUAAACGUAGAUGUCCGCAUGUCAGAAGUACAUAAUUUUUCUAAUAUGCUUUUUAGUAAAUGUUGCAAUGGUAUAAAGUAAAUAAGAGUUUUUAGAGUCGUUUACAUCAGACAAAUAUAGGUCAGUAAGGUAACAUGCGCGUUUUGAAGUAGGCGCUUUUUAACCCUUAAUUAAUAAUUAAAAAAAUUGAGGGCAACUCUAAUAUCAACAAGGUAGGUACCCCAAUUUUUAUCUCUAAAAAGAAAAAGAAGAAUUGGAUUUUCGUGAUCAAUUAAGGGUUAAAGGCUUGUUGUUUAUUAUUCAGAAGCGCUAAGAUCAUCUACAUAAGUAAUUUUUAUCAAAAAAGCUUCUUAGAAUUUGCUUUUGUUGGUAAUAUCGAUACGGAACUUUUAAUUAUAAUAAAUACACCGUGUGUAUUAGAUGAAUAAAUACGCAAUUUUUAUAAAACUUCACCAAAGUUGUUAUUUUUUUAAACUGCUUAGCACUUAAAACUUCAAUAAACUAUUUUAAACGUUCGAAAAUAUUCUUUAAAGAGCGGUCUUUCACACACGGUAUAUUGUUUAAUCUACAUAAAUAAAAAUGAUGUGAUUAACUCUUAAGCAAGAAAACCAAAAUGCCUACCGAAAUCACAAUUGCAAUAUCGAAAAAAAAAUCACAAAAAGCAAAAAGUGUGCGUUGAUUGCCUUCACGACUACCUACCAAUAAAAAUGAAACUUACGGACACCUACGAUACGUGUUUAAGCACUGUUAAAUUGCUAUAAAUAGUUCUAUUAUAAGGAACAAAAAAGAAGAAUAUGCAAAAAUUAAUAAUAUUGUUAUAAAAAUACCAGAAGAUAAGUGUUAACUGUACUUCAUAGAGUUUAGUAUAUCCUAAUAAAUAACUUUUAGGUAAUAAUCAGUUAAUAAGAAUUUUCAAAACGACAAAAUUCUACCAGUUCGCAAAUAGUAGACUGAUUAUUUUUCGAAAUGCAUUUUGCAUAUCAAAAACGAAAACAUGAUGCCGACAUGGCGUAACUGUUGGAAGAACUCGUGCCAGUAUUUCAUUCCGCAUUUGAUUAUAUUCGUCACGCACAAAGUCUUUUGAGCAAGACUCCGGACUCUUAUACUCAUACAUUUGAGCUUUUAUACAGAGUGUUUUCUGUUAGACUCGCUUAUCCAAACGAAAAAUUAAUAACGAUUUGUCCAAAAAAUGUUCUACUUGAACUACAAUAAUUUACCAAAGACCUCCGAUAAUUGUCAAUGACAAUACGCUUACGCUACGUCUAACUAAACAAUUUGUAUAAUUGUAAUAAAUUUAAUUACAUAAAAUAUCUAAAUAAUAAAGCAGUUUUGAGACAAAACUCAGCAUAAACAGGGGAUGAAAUAUUUGUCACUCUAACAUCUUAGGUUUUAACAAAAAAAAAUAACUUACUACUAAUUUGUUUGCGCAAUAAUAUAGGUAAUUAUAAUUUCUUUACGAAUAGAAAAUUGUAUAAAUAAAAAGCAGUUACCCGAGAGAUCUCAAUAACAAGGGCCCGAACGCGAGUGGAGUAGAUUUUCAUUAAUUGAACUACACCGCUUGUUGUAGGGCCGCGAAAAUAAUAAUUUUGAUAUGUUCGUGCUACAUACACAUUGUUAUUAUGCAUUGUAUAUUUAAUUACUUGAUAAAGUAACGUUUUUUGUUACUACAGAAUAUUCUAAAGUUAUAAUACAUAUUUACUGACAAACUAUUCGUUUGGAAUAUGCUCUAGCAACAAAAUUAAAUGAAUAAAAAUUAUGAAUAUAAAUUGUGCCACGACUAAAAGGAACUGCCAAUGAAACCAAACUUUUUCCUAACAUCCUCCGUUUGGUAGUUUUUAAUCGUGGAAUAAUAUUUAUAAAAUACGAUGGUCUAAUGUUGCACACAAUUUGCCUCAGCAUUUUGUGCUCAAUAUUCAAAUUUUAAGAUAAUUUCUUUGUGCUUAAAUGUAAUUUUUUAAAGAAUAUAAAUAAAUAGCGG